ACAAUGUGUUUUGAAGUCUGGUAAAUGCAUCAAGCAACUGAAAGUAUAUUCAUUAACUGGUAUAUCCUUCAGUGAGUGGUACGAGUAUGAGUGUAGUGUUUAUUACCAAAACAACUUAAAUUAAUACAUGUAUGUUCUUUUUGGAAUUAUACAGUUAUAUGGUAACAACAUACUUUAAAUAAUUUAAGAUUUCAAAUGCAUGUAUUGUUUAGACAUUGAGUGCUGCUAUGUCACAGCUUCCCCCGGGAGAUGCCACGUCAAACAAUGUUGAACACUACUUCAAACAAGCGGCUGUUGCAGCAGAUUCGCGGGAAUGUUCGGAAAUUGGAACGUCUAUUAUGAGAGAUCAUGGGGGCAGUGCCAUGGAUGCAGCUAUUGCAGCUGCGUUAUGUUCGAGCGUGGUUAAUGCCCAUAGCUGCAGUAUAGGGGGAGGAGCUAUAAUAACCUUAUACAAAAGAUCAGAAGAGAAAAUGUAUUCAAUUAUUGGAAGAGAACAAGCGCCCUCUAAACUGACAACGGAGACUUUGAUAUCUGACCCGUUAUCUAAACGUAUCGGUGGGCUUUCAAUAUGCAUUCCUGGAGAAAUUUGUAGCUUGUAUGAGGGUUGGAAAUUAGCUGGUAGGUUGCCAUGGAAACAGCUUUUCCAACCAGCAAUCAAGAUGUGUAAAAACGGGGUCAAAGUCAGAGCAGCUCUUGCAAAAGCUAUAGAUGAGGAUGUGAAAAAUAAAAACCUCCAGUUGAAGGAGAGAGUUCCAGGUUUCUUAGAAUUUCUUACAAAUCCGGAAACCGGAGAAAUAUACAAGGAAGGCGACAUUAUGUAUAGACCAGUGCUCGCUAAAACGCUGGAAAAGAUAGCAGACGAAGGACCUGAUUGUUUCUACAGAGGAAGUUUAACAGACGAUAUGAUAGCAGAUAUCACAGAUGCAAAUGGAAUCCUGACUAAAGAAGAUUUUGCCAACUACACUGCUCUCAUUAAACCGCCAUUAUCUCUUAAACUCACUGAUGAUUUCACCGUCUAUUCUCCACCACUUCCAACCAGUGGUAUUCUAUAUCAGUACAUUCUGGACUUACUGAAAGAUUUUAAAUUCGAUCAAUCAAGUGUAUCGACAGUGGAAAAGUCAAUAGAAACAUGGCAUAGAAUUACUGAGGCGUUCAAACAUACAGGAGCCGUAAAGCAAUAUUUAGGAGAUAACGAUAUUUGCACAGAUGAAGUCAAAGAUUCAAUUGAUGAGAUGGUGAGGAAAGCAAGAAAUACUGACUAUAUUAAAUCUAAACGUGCAAAAAUACUCGAUACAAAAACAUUUAACUCUACAUAUUAUGAUAAUUUAAAUCUCGGAAAUCAACACAAAGAUCACGGAACCUCACAUCUGUCAGUCAUUGGUCCAAAUGGCGAUGCGGUAUCUAUAUCGUGUUCAAACAGUCUCCACUUUGGGUCAAAGAUCGUCGGGACAAGAACUGGGAUUGUAUUUAAUGAUACAAUUAGGAACUUUUCAUUACCAAACGUUAACAGCAGAUACAACAGUCCGCCAUUAAAAUCCAAUUUAGCAGAACCACUGAGACGUCCACUGACAGCAAUGUGCCCUAGUAUUGUUGUAGAUAGGAAAGGAGAUGUAAAGCUAGUGAUAGGUGGUUCUGGUGCUACUCGUAUUCCAACAUCAUUGGCAUUGAUUACUAUAGAAACGUUGUUGUUUAAAUGGGGCAUAAAAGAAGCCAUACACUAUCCGCGUCUCCAUCAUCAGCUGUACCCAUCACUUUUGUAUGUGCAACUAGGAUUUCCAAAGGAAGUAGUAAAUGGUUUACAACAUAUUGGCCAUGAGGUUGCAGACAUGAAUCCUUCAAUUAUUCAGGGUAUUCUUAAAACAGGAGAUAAAAUCACAGCUUGUGGAGACUACAGAAAAGAUGGACAUGCCUCUGGAUUUUAAAAUCUUGACAACUUUGAAUUGAAUGAUUAUUAUUUAUAAAGUGUUAAUGUGAAAUGUAAUUUGAUAAGACAUGGUAGUAUCCGGAUAAAAAAGCAAAAAUGUUAUACUAUACAACACUAAUUUGAAGUCAUACAUAUGCUUGUCAUAUGCAUUUCUACGGCUAUUUUGCUAUCAAAAAGCUUAAUUUGUUUAUAAAAGUCCUUUGAUUUGAUUAAAUUUCAACUCAAAUGUUGAGUGCACAUACUUUUUACACUGUUCAAAUGCACAUGUGAUGCAUUUUGAUUAUGCUAUUCGUUUAGAUUUUGUGCUGGUGAUGGUAAAAAUAUAUAACAUUUUGCAUUAUCGAUACGUGAUUACUUUUUUUUAAAUCUUUGAAAUAAAAUUGUCAGAUGAAUCCGUAUAAAUUGUUGGGGCUGAUGAAUUUUUAUUUAACAAGAAGUGACCAUUGAGAC